CCGCUGUUCUAACGGUACUGUUUAUGUCCCCGUGUUGUUACUGAGAUCUUCGGCACCGGCGGAAUUGUUUGUUCACACCAAUAAAACUUCGCGCUGACAUUUCAGUUUACUGAAGGAUGUCAGAACUCAGCGAUGAAGCGAGCGAGUCGGAGCAGCUGGACUCGAGUCUGUCUGUGUGGCUGUCUGACAGCGAGAGCGGCCAGGAUGAGCUCAACGUACCCCUGGACCUCCAUACAGCCUGCUCCAUUGGGCAGUAUGACGUAGUGUCUGAGUGCAUUCACAGAGGCGACGUAGACGUGGAUGGAAGGAACCUCGGCGGUUGGACACCACUCAUGUACGCGGCAUAUAUCGGUCACGACAACAUUGUUAACUUGCUCCUGGAAUCUGGGGUUAGCGUCAAUGCCAGCACCGCUAAAGGGUUAACCCCAUUAAUGCUAGCUGCUAGCUGUGGAAACGAGAGCAUUGCUUACUUUCUCCUUCAGCAAGGGGCGGAGCUAGAGCGUAAGGAUGGACGCAGCUGGACAGCUCUUCUGCACAGCACAAGCACCGGACAUCAACAGAUGGUCAAAUUUCUCCUGGACAACAACGCGAAUCCCAACAUCAAAGAGCCUGUGUUUGGGUUCACACCGCUAAUGGAGGCUGCAGCAUCAGGCCAUGAGAUCAUUAUCCAGUACCUCCUUGACCAUGGUGCACGAGUGGAGGAGAGGAACUUCAAAGGUGAGACGGCGAGAGUUUUAGCCAUGAUGUACGGCCACACGAAAAUCGCAAGCCUCAUCGACAUGCACUGCCUGAGGGCAAAAACAGGUGUGUACGAGGAGCUGAGCUCGUCAGAGGAAGACAGCGCAGCUCCAAGAACCAGGUCAAGCCGCAGCAGAGCCAGAGGCCCGAGCAUACACGACGGCCCACAGGCUAUAGCUCGCUUUAGAGUCACCCCCAAACACGAGCCAGCACUGACUCCACCUGGCUACAUGACCUUCCGUGACGUGGGUGAACAAAACGAGGGCAUUUGCAACCGUGAUGUCACUUCCCCCAUUAACGAGCUGGAUGGCCAGAGCAACAGCAGUCGAGAUGAGCUGGUCUUUGAUAACGACAUGCCCACAAUACGGAGCAGCAGCAGCAGCAGCGAGGGUCUGCCUCGCCUCCUCGGUCUCAGCAGGGAAGCGUCGCUAGAGAGCAAUGAGGACUCGGACCAGGCAAAGAGGAGCUGUCCCCGACGCCCCAACAAGCCCCAUCACACCAAGGGCAAGAGUCGUCAUAGUAACAGUGACUCUGCUGGAAAUUACGGGAUGCCAGCUCCACCUGGACCUCCCCCUACUUACAAAGGUCCCAAGGACCUGGCAGAGUUCCUGGAGCAGAUUGGCUUUAGCAAGUAUCUCCCUUUGCUAGAGGAGCAGGAUAUUGACCUGAGAAUCUUCCUCACACUGACUGAGAACGAUCUUAAAGAAGUGGGCAUCACGUUGUUUGGCCCCAAGAGGAAGAUGACAUCAGCAAUAGCCCGCUGGCAUAGUAACGCCCGACCACCAAGUGAUGCGUUAGAGCAGGCUUACGCUGACAAGCUUGAGGCUGAGAUGCAGGAGAUGGCUAUUCAGCUCCAUAAGCGUUGUGUGGAGGUAGAGUCUCUACAGGGCCAGGUCUCUCAGGAGAAGGAGCUGCGCACGGUGAUGGAGGGCUGUCUGAUGGAGGAGAAGAUGGCAUGGAGGGGUGUGCAGGCAGAACUACGGGAGAGCAUCGAGCAAAUCCAGGCCCUGAACAGCACAUUGCACACACUGCGAAACACACACAUGCAGCUCACACAGGCUGUGGAGAAAGAUGGAGGCUCCGUUUACUCUGAGAUGCUCUCUAAGAUGGAGUCAUGUGAGGAGAAGCUAGCUGACAGCCUGAAAUCACACUGCCAGAGUUUACAGCAUCUCUGUGCUUUAGAGAAAAGCUCAAACAGCUGGCAAGGAGAAUCCUAGCACCCGCAUCGACUGCGGAGUUUGACUGACGGACGGUGAACACAACACCCUGAACACAUGAACUGCCUGAGCUGGUCAAAGAGGGAGAAAAAGACAGAAAGAAAGAGUUGAGAGGUUUUUUGUAAAAUGACCAGUCAGAGAAAGAACAAAUGAUAACACAGAAUAAAGGUACCAAAGGCAGCGAAUCGACAAGCAGGUGAUCGGCCGAAGCUCCGCCCACACCUGUGCUCCAGUCAGACCCGAUCUGACCUGACGUCGCAUCACGGGAACAAAGACUGAGACGAUCGAUCUCUAACUGUGGGGAGAACGAAGCCCACACACGACAGAAGUGCAGACACACAACUCUAUGCAAAGGUGUACUACAAAUCAAACCUCAGAGAAUAUAACACGCAGGCGAGAGCUGCCAUUGUUUUCCUAUUUACUUGACAUAUAUUUAGUACACACCCCUGAGUGUAGCAUAAGUCAGAAUCUGUGUGUGAGUACCAGAGGUUCCAGUGACACUGCAAACAAACGACAGAACAUAUUCAAUCAUCUCGGACAUCAAAGCCACCAGCCUAGUGUUAAGACGUGAUGUAACUGUACAUUUAACAAUGAACAUAUGUAUAUAAUAUACAAUAAGAAUUCAGAUGUUGACCAAAAUAAUCUAAUAACUCAAACAACUGAACAUUUAAAGCUACAGGAUGUCUCUGUAGUAACAAGAUUUCCAACGCUGCAAUCGAUCAUGUGUGAGAUUAUAUAAAGUGGGAUUCCUCUGUGUUGAUGAUGUGUUUAUUUGUAUAUCUUCUAUGUAAACUGUUCUUCAUUCAUGAAAUGUGGUAUUCACAAGGACGGAUUAUACAAGCCAUUCAAUUUGGAUUCAAAAAAA